AAUAAAGGCGAACUUAGCGUAACAAUAAUUCACUGUGGUCCACGAUAGUUCGCAACAUACGUUUCUGGGAACUUGGUUGACAGGAACCGGGACGUUUUGUGGGAUGUAUUUUUGACGUGCUGGAGAAACUCUCAAGAAAAGAAAACAACAACAACACUGGAAAAAAAAAAGACGGGGGUUUACACACAACAGUGACAAUAAAACAACACUCCCCGACAAGUGGUCCGCCUUGGUGCCGUGGGUAAAGUCCGAGCUGAUAAAACAGGAAAUAUUGGUGAUUUAACAUUAUUUUUUGUUAACGUUACUGUAGUUAGUUUACACGAGAGUAUUUGUUGUGAACUUUUAACUCAGGAAACGAUGAAGACAUAGCGAGGAAGAACUCAUCAAGUGUCUCGGAGCUGCUUAGCGUUAGCUGGGCUAGUAAGCUAAGUUAGCUUGGCGGCUAACGUUAGCUGGCUUAGCUGAACGCGUUUUUGAGAAACUUUUGUUGUUGUCUCUCCAGAAGCCCAAAACACUGACGGAGUGUUGUAAGAACAGAGGGGAAGGGCAGGUUCCCUUCUGGACUUUUUCCCCUCUACGUAUUUGGUUAAUAUGAUGGCUGCGGAGGUCAGCAGUGAGGAUACGGGCUCGGUCACCACAGGGACAGGGGUGGCAGGCGGAGGAGGCCCGGAGACGGCCCCUUUCCCCUACUAUCCCAAACCGAGCAGAGUGCGUGUGACUGACUUGGGACAAGGACCAGCACCGGCCCUCCGUCAGAAUUCAAACACCUCUCCGGACUCACUUCCUGACAUGAGUAUGGUCUAUCCCGUGUCUGGUGGGGAUGUGACCGGGCCAGUGCUGUCCGCUACAGGGAGUGGCGGAGCAGGAGGUGGACACUCAGCUUUCCAAGGAACAACCUCAGGGACCGUGGGCAGCGUUUGCAGCUCUCCCACUUCGGAGGGUCCAGUAAGUCGGAUUUCACCCACAUCAACAGGCCCGGAUGGACCCACUGCCUUCCCCCCACUGCCUCCACCACCUCCUCCCCCACCAGGCUGUGGGGGGCUCAGUGGCACUGUGGAUGAGAGCGACCUGCAGGAUGGACCGGAAUACGAAGAAGAAGAGGUGGUAUUCCCCCUCUCUGCACCUCCUACGAACCAGUGGUACCAUGGCAAGCUAGACCGAACCAUUGCUGAGGAGCGGCUCCGCCAGGCCCGGACCCCUGGCAGCUACCUCAUCAGGGAGAGUGACCGCCGGCCCGGUUCCUUCGUCCUAUCUUUCCUCAGUUUGACCAACGUGGUCAACCAUUUCAGGAUAAUCGCCAUGUGCGGGGACUAUUACAUCGGUGGCAGACGGUUUUCUUCUCUAUCAGAUCUGAUUGGUUACUACAGCUACGUGUCAUGUCUGCUAAAAGGAGAGAAACUACUAUCACCAGUGGCGCCCCCAGAGCCUGUAGAAGACAGGAGGAGAGUCAGGGCCAUACUUCCAUACACCAAAGUGCCAGAUACUGAUGAGAUCAGCUUCCUGAAAGGGGACAUGUUUAUUGUUCACAAUGAACUGGAUGAUGGCUGGAUGUGGGUGACUAACGUUCGCACAGAGGAACAGGGCCUCAUUGUAGAGGAUCUGGUCGAGGAGGUGGGACGGGAGGAGGAUCCACACGAGGGAAAAGUCUGGUAUCACGGAAAGAUCACCAAACAAGAGGCCUAUAACCUGCUGAUGACAGGUACUGCUGAGCCUGCACCAAAACCUUCCUCUCCCACUCCCCCCUCUCGCCUCACAGUCGGCCAGGUGUGCAGUUUUCUAGUGCGACCAUCAGACAACACACCUGGGGACUACUCCCUCUUUUUUCGUACCAAUGAAAGCAUCCAAAGGUUUAAGAUCUCCCCUACACCCAACAAUCAGUACAUGAUGGGGGGGAGGUACUACAAUAGCGUUGAUGACAUCAUCGACCAUUACAAGAAAGAACAGAUUGUCGAGGGCUACAACUUGAAAGAUCCAGUUUCAGUGCAGCACCAGGAGCAAGUUCUUGCUGACACAGUGGAUGGGAGAGAAAUUUAUAACACUAUCAGACGGAAAACAAAAGACGCUUUCUACAAAAACAUUGUCAAGAAAGGCUACCUCAUGUUCAACAAAGGCAAAGGCAAAAGAUGGAAGAACCUUUAUUUCAUCCUGGAGGGAAACGACGCUCAGCUCAUCUACUUUGAGAGCGAGAAGAGAGCCACCAAACCCAAAGGGCUGAUAGACCUAAGCGUGUGCUCUGUGUACGGUGUGCAUGACAGUCUGUUUGGCAGGCCAAACUGUUUCCAGAUUGUUGUCCAGCAUUUUAGUGAGGAACAGUACAUAUUUUACUUUGCCGGGGAGGCUCCAGAGCAGGCACAGGAUUGGAUGAAAUGCCUUCAAACCUUCUGCAGUAACUUAAGAAAAACCACUCAGCCAACCACCAACAAGAGACUCAGACAGGUGAGCAGCCUUGUGCUGUAUGUGGAGGAAGCCCACAAGCUGCCAGUGAAAUAUUUCAACAGCCCCUACUGUAACAUCUACCUGAAUAGCGUCCAGGUAGCUAAGACGCACCCAAGGGAGGGGCAGAACCCUGUUUUCACUGAGGAGUUCAUCUUUGAUGACCUGUCGAGUGAAAUCAACAGAUUUGAAAUCAGCCUGAGCAACAAAACAAAAAAGAGCAAAGAAAGUGACAUCUUGUUCAUGCGCUGCCAGUUAAACCGUCUGGUGAAGGGCCAGAUGAUUGAUGAGUGGUUCCCUCUCAGCUCACACGUGCCUCUGAAGGGCAUCGAGCCAGGCUCCUUAAGGGUACGCGCCAGGUACUCCAUGGAGAAGAUCAUGCCCGAAGAGGAGUACAGCGAAUUCAAAGAGAUGAUUUUGCAGAAAGAGUUCCAUGUCAUCUAUGCUCUGGCCCACGUGUGCGGUCAGGACCGCACCUUGUUGGCAAGCCUCCUCCUGCGGAUCUUCAGACACGAGAAGGCUGAGGCUCCUCUACUCAGGACUCUCAACGACAGAGAGAUUAACAUGGAGGAUGAGGCCACAACGUUGUUCAGAGCGACCACGCUGGCCAGCACACUGAUGGAGCAGUACAUGAAAGCCACAGCCACACCUUUUGUUCACCAUGCUCUCAAAGAAUCCAUCCUGAAGAUCAUGGAGAGCAAACAGUCCUGUGAGCUGAAUCCUUCUAAACUGGAAAAGAAUGAGGAUGUGAACUUGAACCUGGCUCAUCUCCUCAACAUCCUGUCUGAGCUGGUGGAGAAGAUCUUCAUGGCUGCUGAGAUCCUGCCCCCGACAUUGAGGUUCAUCUACGGCUGUCUGCAAAAGUCUGUGCAGCAGAAAUGGCCCACCAACACCACCAUGCGCACGAGGGUUGUAAGCGGCUUUGUCUUUCUAAGACUGAUCUGUCCAGCAAUCCUCAACCCAAGAAUGUUCAACAUCAUAGCUGACCCUCCAUCCUCAGCAGCAGGCAGGACCCUCACACUGGUGGCUAAGUCUGUCCAGAACCUGGCCAACCUGGUUGAAUUUGGUGCAAAGGAACCCUACAUGGAGGGUGUGAACCCUUUCAUCAAAAACAACAAACACAGGAUGAUCAUGUUUCUGGAUGAAUUAGGGAAUGUCCCUGACCUCCCUGAAGCCACAGAGCACUUUAGGACAGAUCUGUCCCGCGACCUGGCUGCGCUGCACGAGCUCUGCGGCACACACUCAGACGAGCUCCGGACGCUGAGCAACGAGAGGGGAGCACAGCAGCAUGUGUUGAAAAAGCUGCUGGCCAUCACAGAGCUCCUCCAGCAGAAGCAGGCUCAGUACGCCAUGUCCAACAGCAACAGGACAGAGUGCACCAUCAUGUCUCUGGCUGCUGCCAUCCAAGUUAUGUGAGUUUUACAGGUUUCCAGCUGCGAAUCGAAAUGCGUGGUAAGUUUGACCACACAGCCAGCCAGCCAAAGUGAGUCCUCGACAGAUGAGGCCGAUGACAAAAGUCAGUUUGUAUUUAUAAGCAUGUGGCCUAGAUUUAAGGCAGUUGAAGCGCAAUAUGGCUGAUCUCCAUGGGAAACCACUUGCUGCAUAUUUGAGUACUGACCUUCCAAAGUCCUUCCCAAAAAAACGCUUCAGACACUGACAGUGAUUUCGAGUUUGACAAGCAGCCUCGUCACACGAGACCUGAACCGAUGAUUCUAUGAAGAUGGACCUGAGAUACCGUCGACUGAAGACGUAUCUAACCUUCUUUGUCUUUCCUGGUAUGCCUUCCUUCCCCUCAGAACUUUGACUCGUUGUGGUUGACAAAGAACCAGACCUCCACGAUCAGCCUUUUCUUGACUUGGACUUAAGACCAGGAUUACAGGGAAGGCAAUCCAAAGCAUUGAAGUAGCCGUCAUCAGGGAAUUUUAAACAUAGCACCUCUCUCCGAGAUGACACAAGCCUUAACGCCCUUUUUACACACCUGCCGCUUGCCUGGGCCACCUGAUAUUAUGACAAGCUCUUCCUUCAUCUUUGACUUCCACUCGUCUUUCUGUAUGAAUUCCACGCAGCACUGAAACCACUUGUUACCUUUUCUAUAUGCUGCUUUGUUUGUUGAUAUGCUAAACUUAGGCUUGUAUAGAAGUAAAAAGGUGUUUGUGUAUGAAAUAGCUGAGGUGAAAGAUAGAGUUUGUAGGAGAUUUCUGUAUCCCGUCCUGUGCAUGUGUUAACCCUGAAUGGAUCCUGCUAUUGUGUGUGGGCCUACAUAUAUGCUGCUCUAACAACCACCACCUGGACUUCCUUUAAGCGUCAGGGUGUGAACAAAUAAGCUUUUCAUGCAUUUGCAGUCUCUCUUGCUCCCCCCCCCCCCCCCCGAUCACAGAGUGCCGUUUCAGCACACCUCUGCACCGACUGUUUCCAUGUAGAUUCAUCCUGAGAAGUCAUGCCACGCACAGAUUUAGUCACAGACGUAAAAAGGUUGGCUCUCGUGUGCCUCCUGAUGACUCGAGUCAGAAUCUGUGCCUGUCAUCGCUCGAGAGUUUACCAAACUGUUUACUGUAGAUGCACUUAAGAUACUAAAGGACCUCACCGACCUCACCAAGUGUUAACAGACAACCGGCGACAGACAAAUGAGCCUGGACGUCUCCUCAUCAGCAAUACCAAUAUAUCAGCUCUGCUACACGGUAUGGGUGAUGUAGGUAGGAAUGUGGCGUGCUGUUGUACUUCCUUUCUUGUAUUUCAUACAGCUGAUGAUGUGUUCCUUUUUAUUUUUCUACCUGAUUCUGAACCUUGAACCUUUUGCAUCUUAGAUACGAGAACCUGGCUAAAAUAAAACUGUUACUACGUAUGAAAACAAAGGGAUGGA